UGUGCAUGUAGAUCAGCGUAAUUACAGCUUGUAAGCCCAGUUAACUCGAAAGAGGCAAAGCGAAAAGAAAAAGUCAAAACAUCCAACCCACAACUCGAAAUCGCUGUCUAUGAACCCAAAACAAGUUGAAACCCCAAAUAAAACAAACAUGACAAUUUAAGUAAAUUCUGCAAAAACCAUAUACAAUAUAACAAAGAGACUUUUAUUAAAGCUGUCAUCAUCUGCUACUUAGCUUGUCAUCAUCUUCAUAAUCGACAUCACAACAACAAUAAACAAUGUCAGAUUAAGUAUAUAUCCCCAUCGCCGUUACGUGAAAGUGUAACCAAAGACGCCAGUGAAAUUAAAUAAUAAUUCUGUCAAUACCACACAAAGAAUUGUGGAGCGGAGCACUUAUCUGCAAAAUUAAAAGAAAAAAAAAAUACGCUAACACGGAUAUGAAGUAACACCAGAUUCCGUUGAAAUUCAAGCUUUUCGUAUAUUUUAUUUAACUGCUGCGAAUUAUUUGCUUUGCCUUCAAACUUGUCGUUAAUUGUCGUUGUUGUUGUUGUUUCACAAAUGAAUUGGAGGCAUUAAUGAUGUUCGAAGAUGCGUGUCAACUUUCAUUUUCUCUUGUUGUGCACCGUCGUCAUUAAUGGGAUCGCAACAACCGGAUCAUCACCCUCGAUUGUCUCACAAUACUACAAGCCGAAUCAAUUUGCCACGGAUUGUGGCAUACGACCUCCACGAAGAGAGCCCAGAUCUAGAUUUCCUUUCGAUGAUCCGAAAACUUCACGUACCGCAAAAAUAAUUGCUGGCAGUCAUACCAAAGAGGGACAAUAUCCCUGGCAAGCAUCUCUCGAGCUACUGCAUCCCUCAUUAGGAUUUCUCGGACAUUGGUGUGGUGCUGUACUGAUACAUCAAUAUUGGAUACUCUCUGCCGCACAUUGUGUUCACAAUGAUCUCUUUAAUUUACCCUUACCCCCUUUGUGGACGGUAGUUUUAGGUGAAUACAAUCGAGCUGUGGAAUCGGGUUAUGAACAAAGGAUACCUGUGGAGAAGAUCGUUCUCCACAAAAGUUAUCAGAAUUUCCUACACGAUUUGGUUCUGAUGAAACUGUCAAAACCUGCCGAUCUGUCUAAAAAAUCGAAUAUACGAAGAAUAUGUUUACCAUUUCUGUUUAAUGAGCCUGUUUACACUGAGUAUGAAGACGAUGAGGAUUUGGAAGCGGAGGAAUUGGAUGAUCCUUUGUUAAUGGAUUUGGGUCAAGUACCAGAUAAAAUGGAAAACUUCCUGCGGAGUGUGCAAAAUAUCAGGCGACAUCGUAAUAUAACAAUGCCAACCAUGAAGGAUUUGCUGGAUUUGAAAAUUUCAAAUCGCCUGAAGCGUCAACAGGCAGCUGCUCAACGUUUGGCAGGCAGUCGCAAUGGCCGUAGCGUACGACGUCGAAAUGAUAAAAUAUUGAAAAUAUUUCAAUAUUCCAGUGAAAGUGAGGGUGGAAUGUCGGAGCAAAAGCAUUUCCAUCGUUAUAUAGAUAAUAAUCCGGAUUUGCCGUAUAUCGAUUGUGUGGCAACGGGAUGGGGUAAAGCCAAUGUCACAGGAGAUUUAACCGAUUUGCUGUUGAAGACCAAUGUUCCACUGCACAACAAUAGGAGGUGCAAAGAUGCCUAUGGCACCUUUGUCCGAAUACAUCGGGGACAUUUGUGUGCUGGAAAACUGAAUGGCAAAGGUGGGACAUGUGUGGGUGAUUCUGGAGGCCCCUUGCAGUGUCGCCUUACAAAAACCGGGCCAUGGAUAUUGGCUGGUAUAACCUCGUUUGGUUCCGGCUGUUCCAUUGAAGGAUAUCCCGAUGUGUAUACCAGAAUAUCACACUAUAUGAAAUGGAUUCAGGAUACAAUAGCUUUUGAGUAAGCUAGAUAAAAAAAUAAGAAAUUAACAUUUAAAAAAAUUCUAAAAUACCUGCAUUUUGUAAAUGCACCACAAGUUUCGAACUCAGUUAAUGUGAAUUCUAACACCAAAAGUACAAUGUUGAAAUUUAAUGUUUGUUUCAUUUUUUUACUGUUUUUUUUUUUUAAUUA